CAUCAAGGGUAUGUGUCUAUUCUACAUUCUAUGUUUCAAAUCCUCGACUCCUGUACGAUUUCUGUCGGAUUUAAUGCAUUUCACAAAUCAUUUGGGUUUUGCGAUGUUUACUUAUUUUUACAUGUUACAUUCAUCUAACCUUACUUCACACUUCACUUCACUACACUUCUUCACUUUACCUCGUUUUUAACUUACUUACUCACUACUUUCUUUCUCAUCAUUCAAUUGAUUGAAAUCGAGAAUUCAAAUGGAACCUUUUAAUUAACAUGCUUCUUCUUUUAGGCAUUUCGACAACACCAAGGAUUACCUCAAAAUGUUUCAGAAUUACCGAUGGGAGUUUUUGGUCCCUUAGAAACAACAAACAGAACCAUACCAAUCAUUGCUUCGCCUCAAGAAGCCCCCAACAAUAAUGAAGACCCAGAAAUUGCCCGAAAACAUCAGUUAGAAGAGGAAUCAAAUUCAAUCCCAAAUGGUCCACCGGGAAAGAAACCUCGACUUACCAAUGGUUACGAAAAUGGAAUUUCAAAUGGAACUUCGAAUGGAAUGUCGAAUGGAAAUGGAAACGGGAAUGGAAGUGUGAAUUAUUACGAAUCAGCUUCAACACCCAUGGAAAUUGAUGGUGAUCAGAAUGGAGAUGGUCAUGCUUAUCCAUCACCAGAGCAAUUACCAUCACCAAUUACCGCCACCAAUGGACCAGAAAAAGGUACUCAAUAUGAUAAAGUUUCAAACCUCAAAACCGAAACGAUAUAUCUAGAUUUAUUGGACGAUAAUGCAUCGAAAUCGACCAUUUUAUAUCGUUGCGAAUGGAAUCCAAGAAUACCUCAUUUCUUGGCUGCGGGAGGUACCGAUUCAUUAGCUCGAAUGUGGGACCUUUCACGUACGGUUACUGAUCAGAGCAAUGGAAGUAAUACUCUUUCUAAUGCUUCAGACAUGAAUGGGAAUGGAAGUUUCCCACCAUGUACUCAUCUUCUCGAACCUCUAGCGCCCCAAACGACAGUUGUUAAUGAGCUUACCUGGUCAUCGGAUGGGAACCAUAUUCUUGUUGCCAGUGAGCAGUCUGAAGGAACAGCAAAUGUUGCUGUUUGGUCUGUCAAGGGUCAACUCUUGCAUACUUCUGCUCCAAUGGAAUCUCCAGUCAUUUCAGUAAGAUGGAAUUUCUCGAAUACAUUAUUUUUGUCGAUCUCUCCAAUUACAGUUACACCAAAUGCUAUUGGGACAGCCGUUACCAUCACUUCAAUGAUGGAUUUUCGAACUAUACAAUAUACAUUACCGUCGGUACCUCUUCUAGAAUACCCAUUAGAGGCUUUGUGGAUGAGUGAUGAAGAUUUCAUCGUGUACGGGGCGAAUUCCUGGAGAUAUUUCGAAUUACUGAUGGAAUUGUUGAACAUGUAAUGAAACUUGAGCAUCGUGACCAGCAUCGAUUGUCUCAUGCUACUUUCGACAGGGUUUCUAAAUUACUUGCUACUGGUAGUGAAAGUGGUAUGAUUGAUGUAGGUAUCUUCACUGUUGAUUUAAUCGACUACUAAUCUAAUUUCUUUAGAUAUGGGACGAGCAUGGUCGUUCUCGAACAUUCAAUGCGCACACUGGACCAAUUACUUCCCUCGUAUGGCAACCAUUACCUUCUAACAUGGUGAACGAAAACGGUGAAAGAUUGCUAGCUUCAUCGAGUGAAGACGGCGCCAUUAGCAUUUGGAACGCCAUAUCCUCGGAGCCAAAGCAAAAAUGCUCAAUGACGAUCGAUUCAACUAGUAUUUUUACAGUUAAAUUCACUUCAGAUGGUGCAUUCAUAGCUGGUGCCACUAGUGAUCGAGUUUUCAUUUGGAAAGUUGACGAUACCUAUAUUCCUCGAGCAACUUGGAAUAGACCACCUGGAAAUGGUUGGCAAACACCACAAUCAAAUGAAUCAAAUGGAGAAGAUGAGUAUGUCCUAAGUUGGGAUGCGAAUGGUCAAAAGUUGGCUUAUGGUGUAGUAGUGUGGUAUGUAUUCCGUGUGGUCAUUGUCGAAUUAAUGCUAAUGAUUUGUAUAGUUGGCAAUCAUCAACUUCAGUCGAUGAUUCUGUGGCAAGAUCGUCGUGGAAACAAAAAUAAGACAGUCGACUGUUGACAUUUUCCUGCGUCACUUUGAAAGUAACGAGAGAUGAUAAAAAACGUCGAGUAAGACUACUUACUAUUAGCAUGAUGAAGUAGAAGAGAUACUUGUCCUUCACAGAAUGCAGUAGUUGAAAUGGUCAUAGAUAGAUCAUACAUCUCGUCUUAUCUACUACAGUAGAGAAUCACCAAGUCGAAGAUAUGGAGUUGCAGGGAAUAAAUGUAGGAGAGGAGUCUGAGUCAAGCAAGGGCAAAAUAAGAAAAGGUGUAUCCGGCAUAGAUUAAUGAUU